AUGAAGGCCGCCGCUGUUCUUUCUCUCAUCCCCGCCGUUUCGGCUUUCUGCCACCAUGGCACCAGCCUCUUCAAGAGAGCCGAGGGCACUUACGGCUUCGACGCCAUGAACGGUCCCCUGAACUGGCACUCUCUGACCCCCAACAACUCUGCUUGCGCUCUCGGCAAGAACCAGUCUCCCAUCAACGUCCUCGACUCGAACACGAAGCAGGUUCAGGGUUCCACCAUUACUUUCGCUCCCGCCGAUUACCCUCAGGGUACGGAGUUGGAGAACCUCAACGGCGUUCUUGAGGUUCGCGCCAACGGAACCAUGAGCAACGGCGGCAAGGACUACACCCUCCGCCAGUUCCACUUCCACACCCCGAGCGAGCACCGCAUCAACGGCGAGCACUACCCUCUCGAGGUCCACUUUGUCUGGGAGUCUGAGGCUGGUAACGGCUCUUCCUCCCUUGCCGUCGUUGGCUUCCUGAUCGAGGUCGCCGAGACCACCGACCCCAUCCUGGCCGCCAUCUUCAAGAACGUCGACCAGGUCAAGACUGUUGGAGCUCACGCCGCUACUGGCCCCUUGGACUUCAGCGCCCUCUCCAGCCACCUGUCCAAGAGCACUAUCUACCAGUACUCUGGAUCCCUCACCACCCCUCCUUGCACCGAGUCUAUCGCCUGGAACGUCGUUGGCACCCCCAUCAACAUUGAUAUUGCCACCUACAAGAAGGCCAAAGGCAUCAUGAAGUUCAACUCCCGUUACACCCAGAACAACCCUGGCGAGAUGAACCUGCUGGAGAACGCCAUGGUCAGCCUGCAGAAGAUUGUCGGCGAGCAAGGCGCCGAUCCCGCUCCUGAGCGUCCGUGCAAGAAGGGCAAGAAGCACGACCGCCACGAUCGCCAAGACUAA